CUUCCAAGCCUUCUUCCCGCAAUCGCUUCCUCAAUUAUCGAUCGAUGUCAUGAAGGUUUUACUCUUUAUUGCAGGCCUUGCCCAGGCCCGUGAACUGCUUCGCAAUCCUUAUUCCCCCACUGGAAGUGGGCACCAACGUCUGACCUUCAACGAGACCGUCGUUAGCAAAGCCAUUGCGCCCUCAACAACUUCCGUUGAAUGGAUUGCGACCGAAGAAGAUGGACAGUAUGUCUAUCAGGAUGAAGACGGUAGUCUCAAGAUUACCAAUAUCGUCACCAACCACACGCAGACCCUUAUUACGGCCGAUCACAUCCCUCCGAAAGUACACAGCUACCAAAUCAAGCCCGAUCUCUCAUCAGUCCUCUGGGAAACCAAUUACACUAAAAAGUAUCGACAUUCAUCCCUAGCUGAUUACUACGUCCAGGAUGUCGCGUCGUUGCAGCUCACCCCUCUCAAAUCUGACCAGAGCGGCGACAUUCAAUAUGCUCAAUGGAGUACCGUCGGCAAUACGAUCGCAUUUGUCCGCGGAAACAAUUUGUUCAUCUGGGUUGAUGGUGUCACCACAGCAAUCACCACUGACGGUGGGCCUGAUAUGUUUCAUGGUGUACCCGACUGGGUUUACGAGGAGGAGAUCUUGGGGGACCGGUUCGCCCUAUGGUUUUCGCCAGAUGGGGAGUAUCUCUCCUUUCUGAGCUUCAAUGAAACGGGUGUACCGACUUACGCGGUGCCAUAUUACAUGGAUAACCAGGCCAUUGCGCCCCCGUAUCCGGUUGACGUGCCGAUACGAUAUCCGAAGGUCUCGCAGACUAACCCUACGGUGCAAUUGAGCGUUCUUCAGGUGUCAGAAAAACAAGCACGGGCCAUUCCGAUCGCUUCUUUCGAUCCGGAUGGUUUGAUCAUUGGUGAAGUCUCUUGGCUCACUGAUACUCACACCACGCUAGCUGUCAAGACGUUCAACCGAGUCCAGGAUCGCCAGGCAGUCGUAGCGGUGGACACUGCUUCAGGGCGAGCAGAGACGAUCAACGAACGAGACGGCACUGAUGGGUGGAUAGACAACACUCUUUCGAUGACUUAUAUCGGGGCAAUCGACGACACCUCUCCUCUAUACUAUCUCGACAUAUCCGACCAGUCUGGAUGGUCACAUCUGUGGCUUUUCCCUGUGACCGGCGGUGAGCCGAUCGCUCUCACAAGCGGUUCAUGGGAGGUGACCUCCAUUCUUAGCGUAGACAAAACCAAGCAAGUCGUAUACUACCUUUCCACGCAGCAUCACAGCACAGAGCGGCAUCUCUAUUCAGUCUCCUAUCGCACAUUUGAAAUUACCCCUUUGGUCGAUGAUACUAUCGCAGCAUACUGGUCCGCGUCUUUCUCUGCACAUUCACAAUACUACAUUCUCACCUACAGUGGGCCGGAUGUUCCGUACCAGGAGCUCUACUCCGUCAAUCAAAGCCGCCCUCUGCGCACAAUCACUGAUAACGCUGAGACUAUUACCCAACUUCAAUCAUUUUCUCUUCCUAACAUCACUUAUUUCGAAAUAGCCCUUCCUGACAGUCCUACCAAUGAGACCCUCAACGUUAUGCAACGGCUGCCGGUGGAUUUCAGUCCGGACAAGAAAUACCCCGUUCUGUUCACCCCAUACGGCGGGCCCGGGGCCCAGCAGGUCAGUAAAUCGUGGCAGUCGAUGGGAUUCAAUGCAUACAUCGCGUCCGACCCGGAGCUCGAAUACAUCACCUGGACCGUCGACAACCGGGGAACAGGCUACAAGGGGCGCGCAUUCCGCACGCAAGUUUCGCGACAACUCGGUCUCCUAGAAUCCGAGGACCAGACCUACGCCGCCCAGCAAGCUGCGGCGCUUCCGUAUGUCGACGAGAACCAUAUCGCCAUCUGGGGGUGGAGUUUCGGCGGGUACCUGACCGCCAAGGUCCUUGAGCAGAACAGCGGCAUCUUCUCGCUGGGGUUGAUCACGGCCCCCGUGGCAGACUGGCGGUUCUAUGACUCGAUGUACACGGAGCGAUACAUGAAGACACUGGCCGAGAAUGCGGACGGGUACGCGGCGAGCGCGGUGCGGCAGACAGCCGGGUUCAAGAGCGCCAGCGGCGGGUUCCUGAUCCAGCACGGAACAGGCGACGACAACGUGCACUUCCAGAACUCGGCGACCUUGGUGGAUCUUCUGGUCGGCGAUGGAGUGUCGCCGGAGAAGAUGCAGGUGCAGUGGUUCACGGACUCGGAUCAUAAUAUCAAUUACCACGGAGGUAGUGUGUUCCUGUAUAAGCAGUUGGCGGGGCGAUUGUUCGCGGAGAAGACGCGAGGGGAGAGCCCUAAGCACGGUUGGAGUCGGAGGGAGGUAGACAUAUAGUGUAGGUAUCUGCAGUAGCAUAUCGUGGUCAUCAUCAUGACUACUCCGUACAGUGGCCAGGCACUAUCAAUUCAUUCCACAUCGAAAUGCUCAGCCAUAGCCACAUUAUGCGAAACAGACAAGCAAUCCUGUAGCCUAUAGCGGCACUAGUCGCGAUGCUAAGCCACAAUAAGUUUGACAAGACGUACGGGUCAGGCACAAAACAUGACUCACAC